AGGUAGAACAAUGACUACCCAAGCGGACAGUAUGAGUGCAAUAGACUUUCUGAUUUUUAUGGAACAUCCGGGGUCACUCAGCAGCAUCAUCGACGAAUUUCAUACUAUAGUACCUCGACAAGAAGUGAAAGCACUCAGUUCCUCCAACCAUACCAUGAACGAAGAGCAAGAAAACUACUGCAUGCGGAUCACACGUUUCCUUCACUGCCGAGUGAAGCUCCAUGGCAACCGGAAAGUCUUGGAUGCUUACCAUGUUGACGGAUAUGAACAUAAGCGGAAGUAUAUUUACACCAAAAGCCCGUCUGUAAACAACACUGACAAAUAUUUACAAAUGGUGUGGGACAAGAAUGUAGAAGUAAUAGUUGUGCCAUCUAGAUCAGAAAAUAAAGUUAAUUUUCACCAAUAUUGGAGUUCAAACGAAGGUGCUGUAAUAGAGUGUGCUAACUUUAAGAUAGAGACUUUAGAAGUUACUACGAAACCUCACUAUGUUUUAACCUUAUUGAUUCUAACUAACCAAAAAGGUCGAACACACAGAAUAUCACAUUUUGAAUAUACCGCUUGGCCAGUCAAUAGCUCUUUUCAUGAUCUAAGAGCCUUUUCGGAUUUCGUUACUACUAUUAACGAGCUGUAUACUUAUCUAGAGAAACACAAGUCUUCAAACGACCUCGGACCUAUAAUUGUGCAUUGCAUCGAUGGUAGUAAUAGCUCAGGGGUAUUUUGCGUACUUGAUACUUGUGUCACAGAAUUCAAAAAGACUGGAAUGCUAUCUAUAGCAAGUACGGUGAAAAAAAUGAGACAGCAAAUAUACGGCUGUAUGAACCGGUUAAAUAACUAUGUUUUUUGCUAUCGUCUACUCCAUGUCUAUGUUAAAUAUGAAAUGGGUAUGAAUUGAAAAUAUUUCGAGGGCAUCCCUAGUAAAAAUAAACGAGGGCCGCCUUGUUUGUUAUCUACCGGUGGCUCUAGCCAGUGCCUCGAUUCAUUUUUACCAGGGAUGCUUUAAUCUAAGUAAAAGUACUAUGUAACUUGCAAACAAAUAUCAAUUAUGUCUAUGUCUAUCUCGCAUGAUGACCUAGAACUAUUCUUAGCUCACGUAGGCUCUUGCCUAAAAAUGCUUUAAUAAUGUACGCAUAUCAUCACCCAUUUUUAAUAUUAGGUUUAAACUUUAAAAUGUACUUGUUUUUGUAUUGUUAUCGAAUUAGGAAAAACCGAAACUCUUGCUAGUAUGUACUUUUUUCCUUAUAAAUGAUAACGUUUUGCACUUACCUACUCCAGAUCGGUCUUGACCCCAAAGUUUACGAGAGAGCAGAAGAUAAUUUUUGCUUCGGACAAAUAGGGUAAAGACGGCAAAAGUUGGCACGUCAAAAAAAAUACUAACUUUAAAAAAAUAUUUUGUGUUUUAAUUAUUUGAAAAACAGUUUGAGUUGAUAAAACUAUCUAGCUACACCAAUUUUGGACAUCGUCAAAAGGUGGCUCUUGCGAUGUCCAAAAUAUUUAACCUUCUCAUUAUUUUUAUAUCAUAUGGAACACCCCGAAUGUUAUGGACCCUACAAUAAAAUGGCGGUCUUAAUAUUUUGUAAAUAUGUUAAACAAAAGAAUCGGAUCAACUUUAGGUUCAGUGUCCAUAUUUGGUGAUUUUACCCUAAUGCCUACAUCGAUUGUCGUCGACUGACGUGUUCCAGGCAAAAAUUAACUAUAAAUAGGGAAUUUCAAAUAUACUGACAUUAAUUUCGGUUUUGAAGCUGUACAGUAACAAUGUUGCUUCUUCAAUUAUUUUAUUCCAUACUUUCGAUUUUAAAUUACAUGUAUUCAUGUUAUGAAAUAAUCAUUAAAUUAUGUAACUGCAUGACGAAAAUAAUGAAUUUUGUAAAUUACCUGAAGCAACAAAGACAGGGUAUCUGCAUCGAACCUCACCAAGAGCAUCAACGCCGAACCACCAUCUACUGCAUUCAUAAGUAAGUUCCCUAUCUUAGAUUGUCAAACCAUAAAGCGAUAUGUAUAUAUGGGCGGUAACGAUUUAAUAUUCCAUGGGAAAGGUUUCUAUAUCAUAUAGGAAUAGGUUUUUUUGACGUUUCGGUUGUAAAAAUUUCACCCAUACAAGUUGCGGUAGUCACUCUAAGGUUUAUGGCUUUCGUCCCCAUAAGAUAUUAAGAUAAUUCCCUUGAAAUUAUGGUAAUCGUCCCACCGUCAUAGUGGUAUUUGUUUCUGUAAUAGUGUGAAAAUCGUUACCAUAAUUUUAUAGUACUCCCGUUUUUCAACAUCAAUAUUUACAGGCCGAACUUUACAACAAAAACUUCUUACGCUUAUAAGCAACCCCCAUUAAAAAGUGCUCUCUUUAGUUUACGAUAGUGCCGAAAAUGCACUCGAAUAUAGAACAUGUAAACUAUAUGGUGAAUAUUUUCGUUUCAGCUCGCCAUGCAUUCAACUACCGGACAACGCAAGCUUAGAUGAAGGUUCGAGCUUAUCCUGUGAAAAAUCGCAGAAGUUAUUGGCAGUCGUGACCGUUUAACUAUUAUUGUACUUAGAAAUAACAAAUUACCAAAUCAAUACGAUCUGCUAGUUAUGCCAAUUAAUCUCAUAGAAUAUGCAUUUAUAUUUAUUUUUUUAUAUCUAGUAUGUAUUUGAGGUUUUAAGACAACUUUUACAAGAUAUAUGUAAUAAACUUAUCAUUUAAUUAACUUUCCGUUUUAUUUAAAUCUAGAUAGACUGCAGUCCAACAUGUAUCCAACGAAAUAAGUGUCAUCUUCCUAUUUUAAAAUCGUUUUCCAAUAGCUAGAUCACUUUCAAUCUCAAUACCAUAGGCAGUGUACAAUUUCUGUAGAAUCUGUUAAACUUUUGUCUCUAACUGCCUUUUCCUAUUAUCUGCCUUUUACGACGGAGGAGAAAGAGCUUGUCUUUCCAUUAAUAUCUACCGGUUUAUUUCCUACUUUUUCCUAACUUCCUACCUACUUUUGCUGCUAGGGCCGUCUUACUACACUGUACUGCAUAUGCUUAAGUUAAGUAUGCAAACAAGUCUACCACAAUGACAAGGAAAACUCUAGAAGACCUGGUCGAGUACAGGCGGCCUCUCUGUAGCAACUUGCCGAAGCAGGGACAUAAUAAAAAAAGUCCUGUCCUCGCCGGGGCCUGAACCCAUGUACCCUGCGCCUAAGGUC